CAUUUUGGUUUCCAGGUCCAUGUUGGUGUGUCAGACGGGUUCCUUCCUCCUGUCCGGGAUCUCACGCCCAGGCUUGGCUGGCCUCCGCUAUACUGCGGGCCCUGGGGGGAUGUGCCGGGACUCCGGCGCCGCUACCGCAGCCACUCACCCGGCGCCGUCGAACUUCCGCCGCCCAGUCCGCUGCAGUCGGCCUGCGGCGGGGACCGGGAACAAAGAGGAGCAGGCAGCCAAUGGCAACGGGGCAGCGCCGGGCCGCCGCCAAUCACCGAGCGCCGCACGCACCUUCGCGGCCCGAGCGCAGUGCGGGCAAGUUCCUAUGAUUCCAAUGGCUGGGGUCCUCUGGAGCCAUAUAGACACAGAUGUCCCACUCUGCUCCAAUAUAGAUUGAUUUCUUCAGGGAGUAACAAGACUCCUUCAGGGCUGGGAUAAGAGUCCUAACAAUGGUGUAGUUCUUUAGAGAAGAGUCAGAAAAGAAAAGACAAGAACUCCUUUUUAUUUUUUUCCACAUUCCCUAACACUGAGAAGAAGAAAAAUAUGUUACAAGCUUUAACCGGACUCCAGUUUCAGCUGGAAUCACAAAUAGGAGAAAAAGAGAGGAGACUUCAACUUGGCCCUGAGUCCAGGACACACUUCCACAUGCAGUUUUCAUACAAACCUGUGUUUCAUAGUCUUUUCCCAGCAAGACCAGAAAUUUUGUCAAGUCAAUUACCAUCCUUUUCCAAGGUCCCAGCACACCUGGAAAGUCCUGCAAGACCUCAGCUACAGAGAUCCCAGAAACAGCAAGUAAAACCCUUCAUGACCCUUGACCACCAAAUCGUCCACCAGACUCUCAAACAGUCACACCCUCCAGGGCCAAGCUGUGCGCUUCUGACACAACAUGGACUCACAAGUCCUGACAAUGAUGCUGGCCUCCCAGGAACCCCACUCACCAAGUCACUAGCUCUUGGGAAAGAAGAUGGCAGUGAGGAAUGGCAUUUAUCUGGAAGCAUUUUGGAUGUCUAUAGUGGCGAACCGGGGAUUUCACCAGUUAAUAUGGGGCUUACAAAUGCUUCCUGUCCAAGUGGUUUACCAAUGAAAAGAGAAAUUACAGAAACUGACACUAAAGCUUUGGCAAAAGAAAGACAAAAAAAGGACAAUCACAACCUCAUUGAAAGAAGAAGAAGGUAUAAUAUUAAUUACCGAAUCAAGGAGCUUGGCACACUUAUUCCAAAGUCUAAUGAUCCUGAUAUGCGCUGGAACAAAGGAACCAUCCUAAAAGCAUCAGUGGAGUACAUCAAGUGGCUACAAAAAGAACAACAAAGAGCCCGGGAGUUAGAACACAGACAGAAGAAAUUAGAGCAGGCUAACAGGCGACUUCUACUCCGGAUUCAGGAACUAGAAAUACAGGCUCGAGCUCAUGGUCUGCCAACCCUGGCUUCACAUGGCACCGUUGAUUUAGGUGCCCACGUCACCAAACAGCAGUCCCAUCCUGAGCAGAAUUCAGUAGACUAUUGCCAACAACUGACUCUGUCUCAGGGGCCAAGCCCUGAGCUCUGUGAUCAAGCUAUGGCCUUUUCUGAUCCUUUGUCACACUUCACAGAUUUAUCAUUUAGUGCCGCUUUGAAAGAGGAACAAAGAUUGGAUGACAUGCUACUGGACGACACAAUAUCCCCCUUUGGAACAGAUCCUCUGCUAUCCGCUGCUUCCCCUGCAGUUUCCAAAGCAAGCAGUAGGAGAAGUAGCUUUAGCUCAGAGGAUGGUGAUGAGUUAUAAGAAAUAAACAUGCUCAAUUCAUCAACUGGAAAAAAACUGUGUGCUGGUGCUAUGCAGUUAUGUUCUGUGUAUUGCUUUGGCUUAAUUUUUCUGAUAGGCAUUUGUUACCAAUGAAAAGUUGAUUAGAAGCAACAGAAGAAUUCACAGGAAGUAAACACAUGGUGUUGAAGAAUUAUUCAGGGCUAAAUAAUUUUCUUACUUUUCUAAAGAGUCUAGUUAAAUUUUGUUUUCCUAGAAAGAGGCGCAUCAUAAGAAAUAGCUCUGUGUUGAUGUGUAGUAUUGGAACUAACAACUUGUGAAGAGUAAACUGACUGAAAUAUACAACACUUCUCGGCUAUUCACUUCCUUGUCUGCUAUUCAUGUAUUACAGCAUCAGUUUCCAAGAAUCAAGAUCAACAAGUCCCAUGGUCGUGGUUUCUUUCUAUGUUGUUUAAAGUACAAACCUUAUAGGGGAAAUAAGUAUAAAAUAGAUUAACUGAAAAGUGAAUCUAUAAUAAAUAUGAGAAUUUUCCACAAUAAACUAUAGGAAAUUUAUAAAAACAUUGGUUAUCAAAAUUAGAUCCUAAUUUCCUAGUCAGUUCAAUUAUAUGAAAUCCAAAAGCAUUCUUGUAUAUUUAUGUCUCCAUGGUCUGUUCAGAAAAAUGAAUGAAUUGAAUAACUUUCCUCUGAAACAUGGUCUAGAAUUUUAUCAUUUCACACAGACACCCCCACAAAUGCACAAUACAAAUAGUACAUAUUCUUUUAUUUUCAUUCAUUUUUCUGAUUAUCUAAUUUGGGAUUAGAAAUCACAUUUCAAAUUCUGUUUUCUUCUUUGAGAGAGAUUAAAUAAUCAAUUUCAGUAAAUAAAAAAUAAAAAGUACCCCUACUAGGAAAUUUUGUGAGGUAUGUAAAAUUUAUCAUCAUGUCCAAUGUUGGAUAUAGAUUAAUUUUUGAUACAGUUUUUGCUCUAAAUUGAAAAAAUAUUGAAAAUUGUAUUGGUACCUAAUAAAAUAAUUAACAAAACAGAAAUGAUAUCUUAUUACAUUCAGUUCUGAGUGGAGGAUAGAGUUCUAAUUCCCUUAAAUAGAGUGCCCUAUGAUCUUUGGUUGCUUUGUUACCAUUUAUUACACAUAUUUGUAUUUACCCAAUACUUGAGUCAUUUUAUUUCUUGAGCUUGGUUUAGGUUUUGAUAUUGUGUAACCAAGCAAGUUGUGCUAUGCUGAAUCUCUAUGUGUGAUCAUCCAAUCAAUCAUGUGUUAAGGAAUUCUUGGAAGUAGAUCCUGGGAAAAUAUUAAACAAAUGAGGAAGAUGGUUUUACUAUUGGGUAGGGAGAUUAAUAAGACUAAAUGAAAGACAACCAAAAAAGAUAGAAAAUAUAUAGAAUAAAAAUCUAAGCAUAAGCCGUGACAUAGAGACAUUCAAAAAAUGAAAAUGAAUGACAAUGUGUAGGGAAAACAUGGAAUUUGACUUCUCUUUUAAAGGCAUACGUUGGGUGAAAGGGAGGUAAUAUAGAGGAAUAAUAUCAACCAAGUGAUUAAAAAUAAGGAUAAAUUGGGGAGGUACCUUCUUGAGACAUUCAUUAGAGGGAUCUGGGAAUUCUACUAACAUGCUUAUUGGAGAGUUCUGGAAAAUGAAAUUGGCAAAAAGUUGUGGAGGUCCUUGAAAACAAAGAUGAACGGAUAAUGUAGUAAUGAAAGUUUUUAGUUGAAAGGAGCAACCGAGAAUUAAAAUAUGUGUUGCUAACCUAAGACAUAAUUUAUCACUAAUAUUAAACUUUGAGAUAAUUUUUUGUUUCUUUUUUAAUUUUUACAGACUGCAUUUUGAUUCAUUGUACACAAAUGGGGUACACCAUUUCAUUUCUAUAAAUUUUUGAAAGGGUCUUAAGUUGUUUUUUUCACAUGGAAAAUAUGUCAUCACAAAAUUCAAGAUUCUAAUGCUGAUAAAAGUGGGGGAAUAUGAAAUCCUAUAAUAUAAUGAUUACCUCGUGCUUGGCUUACAUCAAUAGCUAAUAUUUUGAGAAUUAAAAUAAUUUUAAUUGGCAUAAAAAUAAGUAUUAAUUUCUCAGAACAGUCAUUAGAAGCAGGUAGAUUAGUUUAUAUAAAAUGGUUGUUGUAAAAGAGAACAAUUAGAUAUACUUUCUCCAUAAUUUUCAAGAGGAUAUUAAAUAUGUACAGCUAUAUGAUGAAGUUCUACUUUAUUAUCUGAGUUGAUAAUUUAUUCAACUUUGCAAAUUAUAGAGAAAUAAAUAUGUUUUGGAGUUCAUGAAAAACUCACCAUUCUAGGUAGAAGCUGGUUUCUGUUCUACUCACUGUUCUCCCUUCCUCACAUUCUUAGAUGGCUUGCCCUGAUGUUGCUGUCACUCUGACAUCAUUGUCCGUUCAGUUGAAGUUCUACUUGUCCUUGACCCUAUUUCAUAUUUGGUUGACAUAAAAACUUGGCACAGGAUGGUAGAGCCUGUACACAAGAGAUCUGGAGACAGGACUAAUAUUUGCUGCUCUAUUCUAAUUAUGAGAUGUCAGGGAAUUGUAAAAUGGGUAAUGGACUUUUAAAGUCAGAGUAAAGAGCAUUACUGUGCCUGUUAAUGGAAAUAGGCUACAAAUGAAUUAGACAGUAGUUUUUAAAUUUUUGUGUCAUGAAUCCCUUGAGAAUCUUGUGGAAUAAGUAGACCAGUUCCCCAGAUAAAAUGUAGAUCUGUAUAUUGUUCAUAUAGGAUAAUAAAUUGCAUGCUUCAGAAGGCUUUAGGAACCUACUGAAUGUCUCCUUGAAUCCAAGAUAAAAAAUUUCUGCAUCAUUCCUGUCUUCCUAGAGAGCUACUCAACUGUAUAUCAAGAUACAGAUGUGUAGUUAUUAUCACAUAUAAUGAGGAUGAAACAUACCUGAAUAUCAUUAUUGUAAUUCUAAUGAUAUUGAAGCUGAAUAGGGUGGUAAGUGUGUGCCAAAUACUAGAUUAUUUGCUAAUUAAUUUGUUAAUUUAUAAAGUAGUCCACUUUCAAACAUCCUCUCCAGUAUGUUACAUAUUUGUGGAUCUGUUCUCUAUCAUUAUUAGAUGUUGCACACAUCCCACUAUGACAUUGGAAAUGAUCAAAAUAUAUUUCAAAGUAAAAAUAAGGUAAAUUCAAAAGUAAAUAAUUUGAGUAUCUAAGAAUCAAGAGAGACCUUUAGGAAACUGAUAAUUAUCUAGAAUAUUAUUGUAGAAAUGAGACUUCUCAUAACAGCAAAAGAGGCAAAUGGUUUAUCAAGCAAUUUGCUCAUAAUAUCAGUUAUCACAAGACUCUUAAUAAUUAACCAGGUCUUGUUCAUUCAAAGAAUUAAUGCAUAAUUGUAAUUAAGAUUUUUCUUAUUUUAGUAAGAUAAUAAUAUUAAAUAAUUUUUUAUCUUAGUUAUAUUUUCAAGAUAAUGUCCCAUCUAAUCUUCUUUCUGUUUACUAUAAAAUGUUGGCUGCAUUUUAGUGUAUUCUCAUUAUACAGCUUUUUCCAAUCCCUAAAUAUUUUGGAAAUUUCCUAUUAAUAGAUAUAUCUGUUUAUAAUUUUUUCUUUUAGUUUUUCCUCCUGAAUUUUUCUGUAAGAAUUUUAGGACAUAUAUACCAACCAUAUUUCCUCAGUUUUCAAUCAUUUUGAUGAUCAUAGCUUUCUUAAUAUAGGAUAAAAAAAUCAACUGAAAAUAAUUAAUAAUGAAAUGAGUUAGCAACACUGAGAAGUAGCUCCCCCUCCUUUUAAAAAUAUGUUUUCCCCACUCACAUGACUGUACAUGAGAUACUUAAUAGUUCUUAUUUUAAAGAAAUAGACAUAACUCAUUUUCUUGAUUCAUUAUGCUCAUUUAUCUGAUGUCAGGGGAGAAGUUUAAUUUCACAAAUUAAGAGAAGGUAUAUUUUUCUUCUGUUUGAAUUGAGGCAUAUUGGAAUUUUCUUGUACUUCAAGGUAUCAGUAAAAUAUUUUUUGUUUUUCUGGUGUUGUGGGAUUUAAAUACAUAAAUGUAUUAACUAAAUGUUCCAAUAUAUUUUUAAUCAAUAUCUAAUAUUCAUAUUGAGGUAAAUGUAAUUAACAAUUAUCUAUUAUAUAAUCUCAAAAUAGAAGAGAGGAAUUUGAAUGAACUCUCCAAAAUUUUCUAUAAUGCUUCUAGAUGGGUAUUUACUUUUAUUUUGGUAUCUGUGAUGUUGAUAAAAUUGGAAUCAAUUAAUCACUUCACUGUUAUUAGUAUUAGAUCAAUCACCUAAGUUUCUUGAAAACACCUGAAGGGUGGAAUUUUGAUUCCAUAUUGAUAAUGGCAUGCCUGUAUAUGCUACAUGAAUCAUGUCCUUGCCUCUCCAGUGAUCUGAAUGCCAAUAAGUAGAAGAUGCCAAUUUGAGUUACUAUACACUAUGUGUACAGGGAUUUCAUUGCAUUCAUUUAAUAAAUACUAAACACAAUGGGCGUGCUGAUGAUCUAAUGUGUCAUAUGACCCUCCUGCCAUCAUUAUUCAUUGAUGUACCGGUAUUUUAGUUCUUGUAUGAUUUUUAAUUUGAUAGCAAGGAAACUAUUCAAAAAUUGAAAAAAAAAUUCCAGAUUUCCUGAAAAUUGUCUGUGCCACAUAUUUCCCUGUGAGCUUCAUAGAGAAUUUGAGUGUAUAAGAAAUUCUCAGAAAACAGUUAUUUUGAUUUUUAAAAAACCUUUUCCAGUAUCCAAUCAAUUCAAGGAUAAAAUACUGCUGCCUACUGCUUUAUACAUAAAAGGGAACUUUUUAUCUUCUUGUAAGGGAUUUGUAAGUGUAUUGCUAUAUGAUCAAAUAAUUUCUGUUGUUUUCUGCUGAUGAAAUCCUCUGUAAAAUGUCUCUUUCCUACAUUAUACAACAGGAUUAAAGAAUAAAAUUAAAGACUUUUGUGUUUGCAGCACUACCUCUUCCAUUUCUGCACUACCUUUUGAUUUCAAAAAUUGUUUUUUCCAGAGAAAUAAAUUUUGUUUGUAUUAUUUAAAAUGUGUUG